UACUUCUAAUCUACUAUCACUACUUCCUCAACAAACUACUACUGUUCUUCUUCUUUUUUUCUCUUCUUCUAUCAAUGGUUCUAAGGAUUUUCUUGCUGAUUUUAAUGAUAGUAAGCACGGCGUCAUUGCCGCAUUUUCAUGGCUCUGAUGGGGUAGUGAUCAAAGAAGCCUACUUGAAUUGGAUCAAACAGAUGGGCACUCUCAGGCACUCUCUCUUCAAGAAAGCAAAGAACAAACACAAGCCUUGCUUAACUAUAACCGUCGCCAAACACCACGGCGCUGGCGAUUUCGAGUCCAUCCAAAAAGCCAUAGAUUCCGUUCCUGAUCUUAAUCACUGCCGAGUCGUCAUAUCCAUCCAUUCCGGCACCUACAAGGAGAAGGUUGAUAUUCCUGCCACAAAGCCUUACAUUAGCCUCCUGGGCGCCGGAGCGGGAAAGACCGUCAUUCAGUGGGGCGACACUGCAGAUCGAAUCGGGCGGAACGGGAAGCCAUUGGGCACCUUUGCUUCUGCUACCAUUGCUGUCAAUGCUCCAUACUUCAUUGCCAAGAACAUCACCUUUAAGAACACGGCACCAUUACCUCCAUCAGGAGCUCUGGGGAAGCAAGCAGUGGCACUGAGGAUAUCAGCUGACACAGCAGCAUUUGUAGGGUGCAAGUUCCAUGGGGCCCAGGAUACACUCUAUGAUCACAAAGGUAGGCACUACUUCAAGGAGUGCUACAUAGAGGGGUCCAUUGAUUUCAUCUUUGGGGAUGGACACUCACUCUAUGAGAGCUGCCACCUACAUGCAAUAACCAACACCUAUGGUGCACUAACUGCCCAAAAGAGGGAAAGCUUGCUAGAGGAAACAGGCUUCUCCUUCACCAACUGUAAGGUGACUGGCUCAGGAGCACUAUACUUGGGGAGAGCAUGGGGCACCUUCUCUCGGGUGGUUUUCGCCUACACUUACAUGGACAAGAUCAUCACUCCAAAAGGAUGGUACAAUUGGGGUGAUAGGAAUAGAGAAAUGACUGUAUUUUAUGGACAGUAUAAGUGCUCUGGGCCAGGAGCUGAUUAUGAAGGGAGAGUGUCAUGGUCAAGGGAGCUCACACCACAAGAGGCUAAACCAUUUAUUUCCUUAGGUUUUAUUGAUGGCCAUGAAUGGCUUGAUUUGUGAUUCCAUUCCCUAGUGGAAGAUAUUCUUGUUGUUUCUAAAUUGACCUUGAACACAGUUCAAACUAUUAGAAUCUCUUUAUUUUUUAUU